AUGACAACGUCGACCCUAUACUUCACAGCUUCCAUAUUGAAGAAAUCCAAAUAUAUUGCCAAAUUGGGGCUGACAUUGCAACAACAACCGCACAACGAUGCUGUCACGAUCAAGGAUCUUUCCCCUUCCUUCAAGAAGAAAACGGCUCUUGUACCUGGUUUGCGAGUCUUGGAAAUCAAUCACACAAAGAUAACUUCUCUGUCAGAAGCCAAUCGAUUAUUGGCGGAGACCCCCGUCAAUUUUGAGGUUACGUUGACAGUACAAGCACAGAUUGUUUCAGCAACCAAGGCCUCAACAACGAAAAAAGGACUUACCUUGGGAAGAUCGCCUCCUCGAGGUGAGAAUCAGGAACAGAACGGAGAAGCAUCAUCCAAAAUUGGCAUUUCCUUAUUCCAAGAUCCUGAGAGCGCUCAGAUUUCGAUCACCCAUGUGGCACCAGACAGUCUCUUUCCCACUCUCAGAGCCAAUACAAUAUUACAUGCCAUUAAUGGGAUAUUGGUGAGCUCCAUCAGCUUUGCCAAGGUAAAAGACAUUAUGAAACAGUGCAAGAUACUGACGUUGGUAGUACUGGACAAUGAUAGUGUGGAAGAAGUAGGUUCUCCAAGCCAGCCACAAACUCAAAAAUCCGAGGCUCUUCAUCAACAAAAUGGCUCUGUCGGUAAGGUUGAAAAUGCACCCAAUGAUGGCGGCGUAGAGAUGGACAAUGGUAAUGCGGUUGGUGACCACCAACCAAAUACUUCUGAGAACAGCAACGAGAGCAUUCGAGUUGUGGCUUGCAUCAUUCGUCCAUCAAAGAAUGUUCCUCUCGGUUUGAAACUAGAGGAACAAGACGAGGAAGUCAUAGUCAGUGGUGAAGCAGAAGAAGUCGAGAAACCAGAUGGUGGAAAUGGGAAUGGUGUCCACAAGAACAAAACUGAUGUAGUCAAGAAACGACAAAAGCUUGUGGUCACGUCAGUAGAGCAAAAUGGGCUCUUUGCCAAUACUGGAUUGCAGUCGAAUAUGGAAUUGGUCAAGAUUAAUGGACACGUAUGGAGCAACAUUCGAAAGCACAAAUUGGACAAGGCCAUGAAACUCCUACAGCAGGCUACCGGAAGAAUUUCCCUGGAGGCUGUUACCACGCCACUAGACAAUUCAUCCAAGACAGACACAAUAGGAGAGCGACAAAUAUUUAGCAUUGAAAAGGCAAACAGAAGUUUUGCAUUGGGGUUGCAAUUGACUAAACUGUCGAAUUCUCAAAAAGUAGAAAUCACAGAAGCCUCAGCAGUCUUUGAGAAUGUCUUAGGACUGAAAACGGGUCUUCUUCUUUCCAAAGUAAACAAUAUCAUUGUGACGAGUGCACACCAGGCGCAAGCUCUCAUGGCCGAUGCCUACCCCAUACUAUCAUUGGAAUGUGAAGCCCCGCCUCCACCUGAUAAGCAGUCACUGUUGCAGGAAGAGUAUUUACUGGCAAAACAUGCCUUGCCAGUAACCGUAACGGAAGAAAACAAGGACACUGCCAAAAUUGUCCGAACCAAUGUUUGCGAACUACCCGCCGAUACCAAACUGCAAAAGAUGUGGACUGUGGCCAAGCAUCCAGAGCUGAAUGGAAUUGUCAUUUGCGAUAUUCCCAAGAGUUCGCCCUUCUAUGAGUAUUUUGCAGUUGGCCAAGUGGUUGUCUCGAUCAAUCAUAACACUUGUCCGCAAACAUCGGCAGGAACCUACAAGCUAUUGCAAAAGGAAAUGGCAAGGGCAGCCGCUAUGGCUGCUGAUCCAAAGCUGAAAGCGGCAGCGGAUCCGACCAAAGCCAAUACAGUAGUAAGGGUGGAAGCCGGCGACGUCCAGCACGAACAUGUUCCAACGACUGAAGAUGAGGAAGAAAUGCACCAAGCGGUUCAGUUGGCGAUUGCGAGGGCCGAGAAUGAACUAUUGGACCGCAAGGACAAUAGGAAAGAAGAAAGUUCGGAUCCUCCAGAAUUAGUCAGUGAAAGUGAAUUGGAGAAACCAAAAGAUAUGUUUUCCUUGCCCGACGACGUGCCUGAACACCCAGUCAUCCGAGUAGAUUUUGACGAAGGAGUUCAAUUGCCAAAGACGCCAAAGAACUUGGCAGUCCCAGCCCAAACAUUACAAUGGACUCGAAGCAAACCAGGCAACAACGGAGGUGUCCCGGCCGAAAUUGGAUUAUUUGAAUCGUCGCCUUCACCGCUUAAAAUGGGUACGCCUAAAAGAAAUAAUGGUUUUGUUCCGACGGACAGUGACAGUGAAAAGGCUCAAGCCAAGUGUACCAUUCCAAAAGAUGAUACCGAUGAUCACAACGAGAAUGGUGAUGUGACGCGGCGUAUCCUUUUCAAUGCUGAAAACCCAGCCUCUGCUCCAGCUGUUGAUCUUAUUCAGACGGCUACGGAUAAGAUUGCUUCUGUACCUUCGGCUCGCGAGCAGGAGUUGGAAGAGCAGAUUCAGAAGAUCCAGUCAGAAUUGAAAUCGGCACAGAGUGCAUUGAAAUCGGCCGAAGGGCAGCAAGAAAAGGCCAAAGGAGAACUCACAGGAGAGAUCUCGGCGUUACGGCAACAGUUGGAAGACGCAAAUGAAGCUCGACAAGUUGCGGAAGAUGGAAUAAGGCAAAUCGGCAUGGAAAUUGAUCAUGAACUCAAGAUAGCAACAGAAGCCAAGAUAAACGAAGAGAAGCAACGGCUGGGGUUGAAGAAAAUGCUAGAGGAGCUGCAAGAAGAAUCAAUGAAGAGUAAAGCCAAUGCAUCAGCAGUAGGCGACAAUUUGCGCAGUAUGGUACUGGAGGUUCAGAAUUCUUGUGCCAAUGCAAAGGAUGAACUCCUUCGAAUCAAGUCUGCCAAGGAAGCAGAACUCAAGACAGCUGUCGAAGAAAAGGAAAAAGCAGAGCAGCAAGUUCGUCGUUUGAAGGCCCGGCUAUUGGAGGCUCAAAGCGACCAUGAUGCGUCAUUGAGAUCGAAGCAAGCCGAAAUUGAAGAGAAAUCCGCGGCGAUAACGAAUCUACGAAGUGAGAUAUCUAGUUUGAAGCGCCAAUUACAACAAGCCGAAGCGGCAAAAGACGAAGCGAAGGGGGAUCUGGAAAAAGCAAAGGCCGAUCACGAAAAUGAGAUUCUCGGCCUGAAAGUGCAAAUCGAUUUGGUUCGAGAGGAAGAAGAAACCAAGGCCGAUGAGAGGGAAGCGCAGACAAGAGCCGAAGCCGAUGAUGCCGUGGGUUCCAUGCUCGAAAUGCAACGACAUGACAAAGAAGAAAUUGUGAACCUCCGCAAUCUGAUCGAAGACGCCCAGAUUGCUCUUCACAACAAAGAACAGGAGUUGGAAAAGUUGCACAAAGACUUUUCUAUCGUGCGCUCGCAAGAAGCCAAUCAAGCAAAGGCCGCCCAAGAAGCGUUGGAAAACGAAUUGGGGGUGCAUCGGGAACAAGUUGCGUCACUCCAAGCUUCAUUGGUUGCAGCUGAAAAGGUCCGACAAAUGUCCAAGAGCGAAGUGAAAGCUGUCAAGUCGGAUGGUCAUGUGAAACUCCAAACCGAAACGGAAGCACGUCGUCGGGCUGAAAAGGAAAUUGUUCGUCUGGAGGCAGAAGUGGACAAUGCGUUGCAGAAAGAGCAAGAAACGAAAAAGAAACUCGAAGACUUGAAGAAGGAAUUUGAAACGUCAACCGGCGCAAUUGAAGCAAGAGAGCGGAAAAAUAGAUCCAUGGCGGAAGAAGCCCGAGAGAAGGCAGAGAUUAUUGUUGCUGACAUUGAAGUAGCCGAAGAACGCAGGAUAAAGGCAGAGGCAGAAGUCGUCAAGACCAGACGAACUUGGUCGUUGAUAUCACUGUUUUUCUUUGUCAUUGCCAUUCUGAGCGCAAGGAGCAAUCACCAAGGUGGAAGCAUACCAGAGAUUCUUGAUCUCGAUCUGAGCACUGACGAUUUGAGAACACUGGUUCGAAAGGAGGCGGAACAAAAGCUGGAACUUGAAAAGGCUGUCAAGGAAGCAAUCCAAGAUCGGGACGCAUUACUCGAAGCAAAGGAAGCCGCAGAGGAAAAGGCCGACGAGGCAAUGAAAGAAGCUACUAGGAAGGAGACUUUGUUACAACAAGCUAUAUCACAAAACAAGGGGGUUAAGACAAGCGGGGAUGGCAAGUCUCCUUCCGAAGAACACGAAUUGCAGAAUGGGGAAAGCACCAAAGCACAAAUUGUUGCCCAACGGCGGGCCGCACCAAUAGAAAUAUACUUUGAAUAA